GGCACUGACUGGCAUCACUGCUGGGCACUGACUGGCGGCACUGACUGGCACAACCCCUGGGCACUGACUGGUGGCACUGACUGGCAGCACUGGUGGGUGGGCACAGGUGGGUGGCACUGCUGGGCACAGGUGUGUGACACUGCAGAGUGGCACAGGUGGGUGCACUGCUGGGCACAGGUGGGUGCAUGCUGCUGGGUGAUCUGCUGGGCACAGGUGGGCGGAGCUAGUGGGCGCACUGCUGGGCACAGGUGGGCGGAGCUUGCGGGUGGCACUGCUGGGCACCGAUCAUCAGGGCACUGAUCAUCAGUGCCCUGAUGAUCGGUGCCGAUCCCCGCUCUGACAACUGCCGGUUCUCGGCAGUACUUUCCUCACGAUCUGACAGCGUGAGGAAAGUGCAGCCGAGAACCGGCACUUGCAU